CUUCCCAUCCACACGCCAAAUACCGUGUUCCUUCUUCUUCUUCUUCUUCUUCCUCACUACUCCUUUUGCACCUUUUCCAACCCCACAAAUCCCAAUACCAUCUCCUUCUUCCUCUCUGUAUUCAUCUCUUUAUCUUCUUCUUCUUCUUCUUCUUCUUCUUAUCAACUCCGCUACAGACAAAAUUAAACGCAAGGGAAAAAAAAAAAAAUGGUCAUUACAUCUGUUUUGUUACUUUCACUCUUGUUCGCUCUUGGGUUUUUUUAUAUUUUCUUUAAUUUCCCAUCUACAAACAAGCUAUUUAUACGGCUGCGAUCUAAUCUUUUCUCCAGCCACGAAUCCCCCUCUGUUUCCAUUCCUAUCGCUGCAGGUAGUAGCUCUGCUCGGCUGCAAUCCGGGAGCAGAAGAGGUGAGCUGAAAAGGGUGUUUGGUACCUUUGAUAAGAACGGGGAUGGUUUCAUAACGAAGCAAGAGCUGAGAGAAUCUAUGAAGAGCAUGAGGAUGUCGAUGACGGAGACUGAGGUGGAGGAAAUGGUGAGUAAACUGGAUUCGAACGGUGACGGCCUGAUCGAUUUCGAGGAGUUCUGUUUGGUGUACGAUGAUGGGAGUCACGGAGAGAUGGGGGAGGAAGGAGGAGGAGAAGAGACGGGGGAACUGAAGGAGGCUUUUGACGUGUUCGAUAAGGACAGAGAUGGUUUGAUUUCGGUGGAUGAGUUGGGGUCGGUCCUGUUCGCGUUGGGGUUGCAGGAAGGGAAAAGGGUGGAGGAUUGUAGAGAGAUGAUAAGGAAAGUGGACGUUGAUGGUGAUGGAAUGGUUAAUUUUGAUGAGUUCAAGAAGAUGAUGAAGCGCGGUGUUGCUGGAGGCUAAACAGUAAGCAAAGAACCAAAAGGGAGGUCCAGAUAUUCGAAAGCCGCCGUGCUCUUCGCGGAAAUAUCAGUCUGUCCUUCAUAUGUUUUACACAUAAUUAUUCAUGUAUGUCUAUGGGAACUAUAAUUAACAGACAAUUUCUGACUGUCAAAUCCACACAACAUCAAGGAAAAAAAAAUUAACUUUGG